AUGAGCAACUUUAGUAAUAAAAAAGGUUUAACAAAUUAUUCUUAUUUAGUAGGUAAAUAAACAAGAGCUUAAAACAAGAAGUAAGUGACAGCCACUACAAUGUCGAAGAAGAUGAAACUUAUCUCGAAAGGCAAAGGGAUAUAUAAGUUGGAAGUGGAUGAAACCUUUCUCGCUUAACUAUAACAAGUUUAACAAUUUUUGGCAGAAUUAAAUGACACUAUGAUUGGUCCGGUAGAAUAGAGUUAGGCUAUGGCUCAAGAAUCGAAUCCCCAAUUUGAGCAGUAAGAGGAGGAAGGGUCAUCAUCUGCCUCAGAAGAUAAAAGUGGUGCUCCAUUGUCUCAACAACCACAAGAACAAUAAUCUCAAUAACCCAACGAGGUCAAGGAAACGCAGGACUUUUAUAGGUAAGAGUAUGAAUCAAAUUAAGACGUAUACCUCAUUUUUUUAUGGGGAGAUUCAAGAAAUGGGCUAAGAUUUUAAAAGAGGAUGAUGUUAGUUCAUUUUUACAUCAACUAAAGUCCAAUAAGAAAUCGAAAUAGGGUCGAUAUGAGUUAGGGGAUUUUCAUAAGUAAUGUUAUUAUUGAAAUAAAAGAUGUUUUUAGAUUGACAAACAUGAUAGCAAUGAAUAAUAAAAACAGAAGAAAAAAAUAAAAGAAUUGUUUCUUGAAUUUUUAUAGAACGAGGCCGUUCUCCAGAUUAUCCAAUAUAACAAGAUCACCAACCAGGAUUAGAAGGUAAUUUAAUGGGUUUCUAAUAUAGAUUAAAUACAUAGAUGUGAUUCCAAAUAUGGUUUAGGAGAUGUACAGUGAUAAGCCAUUUGAUUAAUUUUUGGCUCAGUAGAACAUAGAGAAACAGAUAAACAAAAAGAAGCAAUUGUUGACUGAGACCCAGGACGUGAAGCAAUAACAGCAUUAGCAACUCCCUUAAUAAAAACAAGAUCAAUCUUUUGAGGAGCCACUCAUGAAGCUAGGACGAGAAGUGUCAUUUUAAAGCUAAUUAUGAUGUUUAAUGAUUUAUGU